UAACAAUAUUUAGUGGAUUAGAUCCAAAUAAGGCAUCAGUGAUGUUGUUAAUAAAAGAAAUUUAUUGGUUUGGUUUGGUUUUUCUCUGUUGUAAUAGUAUUUAUGGUCAGGUUGAAGAUGAGCCAUACGACGAAUCUUCAGAGAAUAUAAAUCUUAGUGAAACAGGUGAAAAUACGAGCUCGUACUUAUCUGAUUCUGAAGGAACUUUAAAUAAAAAUAUUGACGAGGCCGAGUUGAUUGAAAGUAAUAUACCGUUGACAUUAAGAUCAAUGACAGAUGUGCAAUCUGGAAAUUACAUCGAUGAAAGUGGUUUCAACCAAAACGAUUUGGAUGGUAUUUAUGAUUCAUUAACCUCUCGGGUUGAGCCAUCAGAACCUCCAAAAUUCCAAAAGCCUGGAUACAUCAUACCAGAAACUCGACUGAAGGAAAUUCGUUCGAAUUUUAUGUAUUGGUAUUUCGACAAAGGCGGAAACAAUAAUAAUGGAGAUUAUCAGACGGAUAUUCAUAAUUCAAUUCCGCAAAUUCAUAAAAACUUCAACUUCCAACUUCCAUUCUAUGGUUUCAGAUACAAUUACACACGGUUGUCAAUGAAUGGCUACUUAGAAUUCAGCGACCCACCGGAGCACCUAACUUAUCCACUCGUUUUCCCAAUCAAAGAUUGGCCUAAAGUCAACGAUCCGGCUUUUAUAGGAAUAUUCUUCAGCAAGUGCCGCAUUGGUCGUUUAGGGAAAGAUGAAAAGGAUCAACGAAGACCAGGUGUCUAUUUCCGUCAGGAAAGAGAUCUUAUGUCUCGUACCGAUAAAUUUGGAGUCGAAGUCCGUGAACGAUUGCAAUGGGAUAUUCGUGAAGGUGUCAUCGGUGCCAAUAAUUUCGUUCCCAAACACGCGGUCAUCAUCACUUGGAAAAACAUGACAUUCAACGGCGGUUUGGGAAACGCUUUGGAAUUGACUAACACUUUCCAAAUGGUGUUGGCUACCGAUGAAGUAUUCACCUAUGCCAUCUUCAACUACGCGAGUAUAAAAUGGACUUCACAUACUGAAGCCGGAGGUGAUACAACCACUGGAGAAGGUGGUGUUCCUGCUUAUAUUGGUUUCAAUGGCGGAAAUGGCACCCAAAGUUAUGAAUAUAAACCUUAUUCGCAAGAAUCAGUUCUAAGAGAUUUAACAGGCAGAGGAUACGCUAAUGGUUUUCCAGGCAGACACAUAUUCCGUAUUGAUGAAAAAAUAAUGCUAGGAACCUGUAACAAAGAUAUUGAUCAUGCCAACCUGCCUCUCGUUUUUGCACCCGAGAGUGGUAAUAUGCUCGGAGGGACUGUCGUCAACAUCACUGGACCUUGUUUCAGCAACGACACUCGUGUCGUUUGUAAAUUCGACACCGUGUCAGUCAUAGGACAUGUUGUAGACGUCAACCGAGCAGUUUGCGUCCAACCCUAUCUCAAUGCUCAGGGAUAUGUGCGAUUCGAAGUGCAAAUUGGAAAUGAAGCGUUCAAAUGGAAAGGAAAAUACUUUGUAGAAACUCCUGCAUCGGCUGCUGAUCAAAUUUUCUUCCCGACAAAUGACGUCCAUAAGCGAAGCCCUAGAGAAAUAAAAAUAACUUGGAGCAAAGGCAACUUAACAACCAAUUUGAAUGCUGGUGUACGUAUUUCUCUGUAUGGCUAUAGAGAAAGGACUAUCCAUCCUGAGUUAGAAUAUAUCGAUACGAUAGAAGAAGGCGUCACGAACAACGGGGAAUAUGUAAUUUCUCCGGCUAACUUUAGAUUGCGUGAAAAUCCUAGAACAAAUGACAUGACUUUUGGUUUCAUUCACAUCAAUCUUACAAAUGCUGAUGGCAUGAAAUACACACCGGUCUUAUGGAGUAAGCCGAUUCCUUUAGGAUGGUAUUUUGGUCCUCAAUGGGAAAGAUUAUAUGGUAAUAAUUGGCCGCGAAAGAUUUGCGAUAACUGGUUGAAGUCGGACAGAUUUUUGAGAAAUUUCGCUUCUGAAAUAUCAGUUUGUCCAUGCACGUUAGAACAUGCUCUAAACGACAAAGGACGUUUUAUGCCAGAUUUUGAAUGUGACAAAGAUUCUAAUCCAAGCUGUUUGUAUCACGAUGGAGCUAUUCAUUGCGUUCGUACAGGGAAUCCAAGUCUUGAAGGAUCUGAACAGCAAUGCUGCUAUGAUCGUAAUGGUUAUUUAAUGAUGAGCUACGAUCAGCAAUGGGGCUCAAGACCACGACGUUCUCACAAUUUAGGUGUUUUGCCCUGGAACGAAGCAAAUAAAGUCCCCACGUUAUCAACUUGGUUCCAUGAUAUCGCACCAUUUUACUCUUGUUGUUUCUGGCAAGAUGAACAGGCCGUGGGAUGUGAAACGCUUCGUUUCGAAAGACGACCAACUCAGGACUGUGUAGCCUAUCAGGCCCCAGCCGUUGCAGCCGUAUUUGGAGAUCCUCACAUCAUCACAUUUGACAACUUGCAUUAUACUUUUAACGGAAUGGGCGAGUUUGUUCUGCUGCGAGGUAAUACCGGCCGAGACAAACUAGAAAUUCAAGGAAGAUUCGAACGAGUGCCGGCUAACGCGUAUGGCCCUGUCGAAGCAACUCAACUAACGUCCAUUGUCGCUUCCGGUAACACAAGUACAAUUAUCGAAGUGCGUGUUCGGCCGACACACGCUCAAUGGAGAUACCGUUUAGAUGUGUUUGCCAAUAACAAACGCAUUUAUUUCGACAGACCUUCUCUCAAGUUUCAACACUUCCAAGGUGUUACUGUAUAUACACCAACAUACAUCUUGAAUCAGUCUGAAGUUGUUAUAAUGUUUGCUUCCGGAGCCGGAGUAGAAGUUGUAGAAAAUCAAGGAUUUAUGACUGCUAGAGUUUAUUUACCAUGGACAUUUAUUAAUAAAACUGCUGGUCUACUCGGAAAUUGGAGUUGGGAUAUGGCAGACGACUUUGUCAAACCUGAUGGAACUUUUGUGCCUGUUAAUCUCAACAGUUUUGAAUCUGUUCAUAAAGAUUUCGCACGUCACUGGAUGCUGGCGGAUCGUGAAAAUGAACACCUCGGAGCGGCACUCUUCACUCGUGAAUUUGGUCGCACAGCCAGUUAUUAUGCAAAUUCCUCAUUUAUACCAAACUGGGUUAAAGAACCUAAAGAUUUUCUUCCAUCAAACAGAAGUAGCGACAUCAAUCGUGCUGAAGAUUUAUGUGGAGAAUCAUAUCAAUGUCGAUAUGAUUACGGUAUGACUCUCAACAGAGAUAUGGCUCAUUUUACAAAGAAUUAUUACGACAGUGCUAUAAAUAUUAAGGAUAAGAAUAGUAAACGAAUAAUGACAUGUGGUAUAUUGGAAACUCCACGGUUUGGACGUAAAAGCACUUUCCUUUUCAUACCGGGUACAAGAGUAUCUUUCGAAUGCAAUCAAGGAUUUAUCCUGACGGGAGAUCCAAGGAGAAUCUGUCUCGAUGAUGGCUCUUGGGACGUUCCUGUUUAUGGAUAUACUGAAUGUUUACGUGAAAUAUUUUACACUACUCGCUCAGCAUGGUUAACUGCCGGAAUCAUCUUUGCUGUUAUGGUACCGAUAGUGAUAUUGUUAGGAGUUUGUAUAAUAUUUUUCCGACGUCGGGCUGCCAAACACGAUCAUGUAUUCGACUUUGCGCCAAGAUCUCGAUCCAAUAGUCGGGCAAAUUUGCGCGCUAGCAUGAGCAAUUUAGCAGCAAAGCCGCAAUAUAAAGACACUCGCGAAUUUGACUCAGACUUUGAUCAGGUCGAUACCGACUUAAGUUCAGGAAAUGGUGGAACACUGCGCAAAAUGAGGCAAUAUGACGAUGUUUAUCGUACGCAUGAACCACUUAAAGGCAAACCCGAAAUAGAAUUUCCGGAGAAAAAAUUAGACUUAAGCGAAGAUGAAGUUAUGUCUUCGGGCUCUAACGACAAUAGAGACUUUAAUACAAAUCCAACCAAUAAGUUUACUUACGGAGAACCAGCACAUCAACUCGGUAGAAGUCGUCAAAAAUUAACCAAAGAUGAUAAUAAUAAGGAAUACAAUGUAAAUAAUCCUUCGUCUCUUGGAUAUAACGUGCCAGACAGCCCCGACAGCCCUGGAAGUCCCGACAGCCCUGACAGCCCAACGUAUUCGACAGCGACUAAGUCUUGGGCCCGCGACAAUACUGUCGGAUACGGGCACAAUAUUAAUUCUCCAACUCAUACUGCACACUACUCUCCAACAUUUAACACAAUAAAUCAAGAUGUUGGUUUACCUCGCUCAAAUAGUCGAAGUACCGAAGUCUAACACUUUCACUUCAUUCAAUCUUUUUCACUUAGGUGAGCAAGAGUAUUCAUCUCGCAAUGCCGGUAUAACAACUGGAAUCGUAUUCGCUGUACUAUUGCCAUUAUUAUUAGCAAUUCUAUGUGCUGCCUAUCAAAUGUUAAGAAGAAGGGC